GCGCACGAUGGCAGCGACUGUGCUUGGGGAGGAGCCCCGGCUCGGUAGCACCCCUCUGGCCAUGCUGGCUGCAACCUGCAGCAGAAUCGGGGAACCUAGUCCGUCAUGUUCACCCACUUUGUCCGAUGGAGCCCCCGGAUUGGCCAAGGGGUUUCAGCCGUGGAAACUGAGCGCCCCUGGCAGCAGCAAUUUAGGCACCUGCCUAACCUCAAUUGGUGUCACACAUGGGAUUCACAAAAGUAGCAAUACGGGGCUGGUGAAUAGUUGUAGUGCCUUUUCUACUACCAGCACAACAGUUGGAAAUGAUUACAACGGGUACCACAGCCCCGUGGCUUCUGGGGGCAGUGUUCCAGACGCAUCUCACGCACAGAGGCCCCUGUUUUGGACUAAGUUCCCGCAGGCUGUUGAAAGUCUUGGGAGCGUUUAUCCAAGGGUGCACGCGCAUCCUUAUGAAUCAUGGUUCAAGACUGUGGGAGAGGUGGGUAAUGGGCAUGCUUCCUGGUGGGAGAUGGGCCCUGGUUGGAUGGACGCGCAAAGCCCAACCGGUAUAGGUGCUCCUCAUAACGGCUUCAGCUCCGAGUACAACCCGCUGACUCACCCCACCUUCAACUCCGGCGCUUCUCAGUCGAUUAUUCCCACACAACCUCUGUUUGACGGUCUCAGACCCGGCCCCACAUUUACAGAGUCAGGUUCUACUUCUCUCACUCUGAGCGCGGGCCCUGUGUUGCCGGCACCUGCUGCGCCCCGUUCAUCCUCUCGGCGGUACGCCGGACGUGCCACGUGCGACUGUCCCAACUGCCAGGAAGCAGAGAGCCUGGGACAAGGGGGCACCAGCCCAAGGCGCAGAGGGCUCCACAGCUGCCACAUCCCGGGCUGCGGGAAAGUUUACGGCAAGACGUCCCACCUGAAGGCUCACCUGCGCUGGCACACCGGGGAGCGCCCCUUCGUCUGUAACUGGCUCUUCUGUGGAAAGAGGUUCACGCGCUCAGACGAACUCCAGCGGCACCUCCGCACUCACACGGGCGAGAAGCGCUUCGAGUGCACUGUGUGCCACAAGCGCUUCAUGCGCUCCGACCACCUGAGCAAGCACGCGAAGACGCACAGCGCGGAGGAAGGCGCAGAGCAGGGAUUCGGUAAAAGCACCAGUGACACCGAGAACAGCGCGUGCGGCAGCCCCGGACUAUCUCCUGAACAGCGCGUGCGUGACUUAAAUCAGAGCACAGGGUCUGAGAGCACUGUGGAGUGAGCACUGUGGAGUGAGCUCUGUGGAGUGAGCUCUGUGGAGUGAGCUCUGUGGAGUGAGCACUGUGGAGUGAGCACUGUGGAGUGAGCACUGUGGAGUGAGCUCUGUGGAGUGAGCUCUGUGGAGUGAGCUCUGUGGAGUGAGCUCUGUGGAGUGAGCUCUGUGGAGUGAGCUCUGUGGAGUGAGCUCUGUGGAGUGAGCUCUGUGGAGUGAGCCUGGUUCUGUUCAGGACAGGUGUGUGGUGGAACUGCAGUAAACUGUGAGAGCUUUGAACUCAGGCACUUUAUCAUGAACUUUGUGUCUUUACCUCAACUGUUUCUAAAUAAAACAUAUGCAAAAUCCUAAA